CUCGUGUAUGGACCGUUGUUUUUUUUAUAGAUUCACGUGUGUUUGUCAACCUGGAUUUGUCGGUCAAUCCUUACACCCGCAGGGGCAAUAAAUAUAAAGGCACACGGUCUGAAGAGGGAGAUCUGUAAUUCUGUGUGUUUGUUUUCAUUUCAGAAAGACAAUAAUACAUAGGGGUUUUUUUUUCUCUCUUCAAAAACCGUUGAAAGCUCAUCUUUACUGUUCCAGAAUAUGGAGCUGGCCUUGAGUCUAGGUGAUACAUCAAAGCCUUUCAAGUUUCUUGACAAAACCCCAAAGUUAUCAAGCAAAGAUCUUGGGUUUUGCAUGGGCUUAGGGAGUGGUUUUCCUGCAACAACAAGAUCACAAGACAAACUAGGUAGCCAUGAAAGUAACUAUCAAGACGAUGAAAGACGGGUAUCAUCAGAUCCACCACUUCAACUUGAUCUUUUGCCUUUCUCUCCUGUUCCUCGUGGACAUCAGGCUCCUUCCAGGAUUCGCUUUCCAUGGCUGGCAGAUAACUUGGAGUCUGAACCUGGUUCAACCGAUGCAGCAGGGAGAGGGUUUGACGUGAACAGGUUGUCCAUGGAUGAUGCUGAUGAAGGAGCGGCGAUUUCGUCGCCAAAUAGUGCAGCGUCGUCCUUUCAAAUGGAUUUUGGGAUUAGAAGUGGGAGAGACCGUAAGAGAGAUUUAGAGGCUAUUGAUGCUGAGAGAGCAAGUGAUGAUGAAGAGAACGGUUUGACAAGGAAGAAACUAAGGCUCUCUAAAGAACAAUCAGCUUUUCUUGAAGAGAGCUUCAAAGAGCACAAUACCCUCAAUCCUAAGCAAAAGCUAGCUUUAGCAAAGCAAUUGAAUCUUCGUCCUCGCCAGGUGGAAGUGUGGUUUCAGAAUCGAAGGGCAAGGACAAAAUUGAAGCAGACAGAAGUAGAUUGUGAGUCUUUAGAGAGAUUCUGCGGGUUUGAAAGAGAUUUUGGGUAUUUUUAGUUUCAUUUAGUAAUAUGGGGCAGGGAAAGUUUGAAAGAGUGGCUGAUAUACUUUGACUGAUGAUCUCAUGAGGUUGUAGAAGAGAUUUGGAUAAAAUCUAGGCCUCAAUUUUGUGGGAAGAUAAUUUACCACCUGAUGUAUUUAAUGGAUUUUUGUAUUGAAUACAGUUUGGAGGAUUAUUUAUUACUUCUCAUUCUCUUGGAUUA